UCGAGCGCGGAGCCCGCGGCCGUGAGGGCUGCCCGGGGAGGGGCGCGCUCGGCGUCGGGGCCCGGCGGGGACCAGCUGCCGGGUGCCUGCUGCUUGUCCCCAGCCCGUGUUUGUCGCAGGUUUCACUUCUUGCGGUUGCUCCCGCUGCCUCGUCGCAUUGUGCGCUCAGGUGUUUCUGCGAUUGCAGCUGUAGGGACUUGCCAUGGCCAGUGCUCUCCAGGAAACACCUUCACUCGAAGCCUCUCAGUUAGAGGAUGUUGAUGCUAAGCUGUCCUUCCUACCUGAAAGACUGAGAAGGAAGCUGCUUCCUUUUCAGGAAAAGGGCAUCGUAUUUGCACUUCAGAGAAGUGGCAGGUGUAUGAUUGCUGAUGAGAUGGGACUAGGAAAAACAAUUCAAGCAAUUGCCAUUUCAUAUUACUAUAAAAAUGAAUGGCCUCUCUUAAUUGUAGUGCCUUCCUCUCUGAGAUACCCUUGGGUGGAUGAGAUAGAGAAGUGGAUUCCAGAACUUUCUCCAGAUGACAUUAGCAUCAUUCAGAACAAAACUGAUAUUGGGGGAAUAUCAACAAGCAAAGUAACAAUUCUGGGGUAUGGGCUGUUGACAUCUGAUGCACAGACUUUGGUAGACACUUUGUACAGGCAGAAGUUUAAGGUGGUUGUGAUUGAUGAAUCGCACUAUAUGAAAUCCAGAAAUGCCACCCGUAGCAAGAUUUUACUGCCAAUUGUUCAGAACGCUCUCAGAGCUGUUCUCCUUACUGGAACUCCUGCUCUAGGAAGACCUGAAGAGCUCUUCAUGCAGAUUGAGGCACUGUUUCCAAGAAGGUUUGGAACUUGGAAUGAAUAUGCUAAAAAAUACUGUGAUGCUCGUGUCAGGUUUUUUGGUAAAAGAAGGCAAUGGGAUUGUAGAGGAGCUUCAAACUUAGAGGAACUACAUCAACUUUUAAGUGAAAUAAUGAUCAGAAGACUGAAGAAUGAUGUUCUAACUCAAUUGCCUCCCAAAGUCAGGCAGCGUAUUCCAUUUGACCUCCCAAAAGCUGCAGCAAAGAAUCUGAAUGCCACUUUUGCAGAGUGGGAGAAAUUAAUGAGAAGUCUGAGUUCAGAUGCCUCUGAAAGCCACUUUUCUCAAGUCAUGAAUCUGAUCACACGCAUGUACAAGGAAACAGCCAUUGCCAAGGCAGGAGCAGUCAAGGACUACAUCAAAAUGAUGCUUGACAAUGACAAACUGAAGUUCCUUGUCUUUGCCCAUCACCUGAGCAUGCUGCAAGCCUGCACAGAGGCAGUGAUAGAGAGCAAGGCUCGCUACAUCCGAAUAGAUGGGAGUGUUCCCUCUGCAGAGAGGAUUCACCUCGUCAAUCAGUUCCAGAAGGACCCCGAAACCCGCGUUGCUAUUUUGAGUAUUCAGGCAGCUGGUCAGGGUUUAACAUUCACUGCUGCCACUCACGUUGUGUUUGCUGAAUUAUACUGGGAUCCAGGCCACAUUAAACAAGCAGAAGACAGAGCACACCGCAUUGGGCAGUGCAGCUCGGUGAACAUUCACUUCCUGAUUGCCAAAGGAACCAUGGACACCCUCAUGUGGGCAAUGCUCAACCGCAAGGCCAAAGUCACAGGCAGCACCUUGAAUGGCAAGAAAGAGAAAAUGCAGGCUGAAGAAGGUGAUAAGGACAAAUGGGAUUUUUUGAGUUUUGCUGAAACCUGGACCCCAAAUGAAAGUCUAGAAGUUCCCCAAAAUGAACUUUUAUUUACACAUUUUGAAAAGGACAGACAGCAUGACAUACGUUCCUUUUUUUCCCCCAAAUCCUCCACGGAGAAGAAACGCAAAAGAUUUUCUGGUGAUGAAUUGUUACAAAAUGAUUCAGAUUCUUCUGCAGUCACAAUAGAAGAGGAUGCAGAGAAGAGUGAUGAAAACUUGGAUUCCUCAAGGAUAAGUGAGGUGGAGGCAAUUUGUGAUGAAGAUAUUUGUGAACAUGAAGCCAAAAGAGCAAAGAGCAUAAGUGGAUCGACCCCAGUCAGCUCCAGUAAUAAAAAGAAAACAUCUCUGACUGGAAAAAAGCCUUCUUUGUUUUCAGAAAAAAACAGUCAACUCCGUCCUUGUGGCUUAAAUACUUCAAGUGAAAGUACAGAUUUAAAUAAAGUUUGGCAUUGCAGUGCUUGCACUUAUAUUAACAAUGCUCUGCUGCCUUACUGUGAGAUGUGCCAUUGCCCCCAGGGCAGGGAUGGUGAGAGAAAUGGUGACGCUCCCAGGAGCCAGAUGGAGGAAGGAGUGUCAGAGGAGCUCAGGAGAGAUGGAGAGAGAGCAGAAGGCAGUGCUGAAGCCAGAAGAGGAAAUCUGGGGGAAUUGGGGGCCCAGAAAUCUCUUGAAAUCAGAGAACAGCAAGCUGUUGGCGCUGAAAAGGAAGAAAGCGAAAAAGAACCUGGAGAAGAUAAUUCAGGCACAUUCCAAAUAUAUGAUGGGCUUAUGUUUUGUGCAAGCAAGAAUACUGACAGAAUCCACCUCUAUACAAAGGAUGGUGAACCACUGAAUCAUAAUUUCAUUCCACUGGACAUACAGCUGGAUAACUGGGAAGAUUUACCAGAGACUUUCCAGAACAAAAAAAAUCGUGCAUUGAUCCUGAGGUUUGUGAAAGAAUGGACUCAUCUAACAGCAAUGAAACAGAAGAUUGUCAGAAAAAGUGGUCAGAUAUUCUGUAGUCCCAUUCAUGCUGCAGAAGAGCUGUCUAAAAAGCAGUCGGUGGGCAGCAGUACAAAGAGGUAUGUGACCAGGGAGGAUGUGGCAGCAGCCUCGCUCUCCAAGGCCAGCAGCAGCGGGGGCAGCGUUCGCCUCAUCUCCAAAGAAAUGGGGGCUUCUCUGGACAAAGGUGCUUCUCCUAAACCAUCCACAAAACUGCUUUCAGAAACCGGAAAUGAUCCCUCAGCCCUUCCUCCAGGGCAGACUGAUGCUGCAGACUCCUCCCUGUCCAAAGGGUAUCUGCAGGCCCUGGACAAGCAGGGGACCCCGCUGUGUCUGAGCUGCCAGCAGCCAACAGCUCAGCCCCCGCCCGGCUGCCCGGCCUGGGACACGCGCUUCUGCUGCCACGCCUGCCAGGAGGACUUCUCCAUCCGCUCCAGCCAGAGCUACCUCCGCUCCAAGGUGUUCCAGAUCGAGCACGGCGUGUGCCAGUGCUGCCAGCACAACGCCCAGGAGCUUUAUCUCAGCGUCAGGGAUGCACCCAGGAGUCAGAGGAAGCAGCUUCUGGAGAGCUCUUGGAUGUCUCACCUUCCCCUUGGGCAGCUGAAUGAGAUGAUCAGGAGCCCGGCAGAGGGGCAGUUCUGGCAGGUGGACCACAUCCAGCCUGUGUACAGUGGAGGAGGACAAUGCUCCCUGGAGAACCUUCAGACCCUGUGCACAGCCUGCCACAGAGAGAGAACUGCAAAACAGGCCAAGGAAAGAAGCCAGCUGAAGAGAAGAUCUUUAGCUACAAAGUAUGCCUGUGAUAUCACCAAAUUUCUUGUGAAGAAGUAAAACGCACAAUACAUUCAGGGUAGUUAGCACUGCAAGAAUUUAAGGAAGUUCUGUUGAACCUGCUGGUGGUACUACAGAGUUCAAUUGUAUUGGGAACUUCAUGGACCUAGAAGAUGUCUUAGUUUUAAUUCUUUUUGUUGCUCACAUACCAAAACUACAGAAUAAAAUACAGCAAUUACGACAAAAACUAGCACAAGUGAUUUGUUUCCUCUAGUGCUGCUCACCCACAGAAGGCUGACUCCUGGCAUGGGCCUGACUUGCAGGAUUUUGGCAUUUAGAAUUGAUGUCAGUUGAAUUCUGGUUUUAGUUAAACCAGCUUGUAUUGAAAUGUUACUCAGGAUAGGAAACAUUAAAUAUUAGCAAUUAUUUCAUCAAAGGUCAUUUCUGGGAAAUGCUACAGUCAAACACUCCUUAAUGAGAUUGCAGAGAUACUGGUCAUUUUGGACUGCUUACCUGGCUUGCUUUACAGUUACUUUAAAUAAAUACAGCUCUUUCUCCUGUA